AUGAAACCUGACAAGCGAUUCGGUUUCCGAAAAAAAUUAUCAUUUUGUGUCUUUGGAGAGUCUCGAGCGGAGCUAAAGGUGGAUGCGGAGAUUAUGGCCAAAGCACGAGGGAACCUGCGACGUGCACUGCUGUCGAUGAAAGCGCGUCUACUCCGAGAGUCGCUGAAGUGUACUCCAUCAUCAGCUAGAGGAGAAGUGAUCAAGAUGGCUGCUCUCGGCGAGCAUCAAGAGAACAGA